AAUGCAAAGGGGGCCCCCACACAAGCUAAUCUACAUUUCAACAUGGAGAGUCACGUUUUCGCAGCAAAGAGGUCAUGCUUCCAGCAUUUUUUCCCAGCAAGAAGUUUCAAUCAAAUUCCAUUACAACACUAAAUCAGAAAUUCACAAGUUUCAAUCUGCACCCUUCAUUCAAAUAUCAUCAAUGGUCCAAGUUCUUCCCAAAACAAUAUUCACACGGAUUGCCUUCAAGUGGGGAUGAAAACACAGAAAGCGUGAUCGAAUUUUCCCUCUCAAUUUCACUCUCAAUUUGUCACACAAUCCUCACCACACUCUCUAUAAAUAAGACUUCAUACACACUAAAAAGGGGAGGAGAAAUGAAUACCGUUAUGCUGCCAAAAUCUCCACAGAAAAUUCUCCUCCAAAACUUGAUCAAACCUUCAACCUGCAACUCAUAAUCUUUUCACAAAUUUGCAGAAUCUCACGUUCAUAAAGCUGAACCAAACUUCACCGCUUCCAUCAUCGUCAUCCAUAUUUUCUCACAAAACCUUUCAAUUUCAUCAAUUCAUCACCCUCAAACCGAUUCCAUCGUAUCAUACAACAAACGAUUGCAUCGGUGAGAAUUUCGAAGCUACGUGAAUUAACUCAGCAAGCAACUUGUAUCCAUUUAGAUCGAAUCCAUCACGUUUCAUCUUCAACAUUACGCACCGAGUUUGAUUUCAGAUCAACAACAACACCAACGGAAGCGAAUCAACCACAUGCAGCAAAUCCGGUACAUCGAGUUCUUCGGCGAUUGAGCGUUUCCUUCAGAAAUUGAGUGGUUUCUUCAACGAUUGAGCGAGUUCUCGGAGUCAAUUCGAAGUAACAGCAACAUCACGUCCUUAUCACUAUUUUCCAGAAUCAAAGUGGAGCAGAAAGAGUGGCAUACCUAUCUCUGAUUCUUGUUUGCAUCACGAUUUUUAUUCAAAAAUUUCCGGCGAAGCCUCCUCGCCGUAGUUAAUUGUUGACCGUCAAGCUGUUUCCUCAACACCGCUACGGAACUAGAGCUGCUGUUAGACAAAGAAUGGCAGACCAAGAGAAACAUAACAUGGAAGUCAGAAUGGAAAUCGAUGAGUUGAAAUCAGGCAUGAUUAAGCUUACUGAGAUGAUGCAAGUGUUGAUGGCAAGGACUGAUCCACCUCAGAGGACUGUUAUUUCGGAAGUCUCUACUGCUGUUGUUGAUCCUUUACAGGUUCAGAAGCCACCGUCUACUUGGCCAGAAUUUGGGUUACCUGAGAAUUUCUCUCCAACAUAUGUCAAUGCUUCUAUGGUGGGUCAAACUUCGAGGCAGGUAUUUCAACCUCCAGUCUUUUCUGAACCUCCACCUGUUGUUCAUACUGUUGCUCAAGCUGUUCCAGCUCGUUAUGACAAUCCUCUUUAUGACUACCGUUCUGUUGGUUCUCGAAGUGUUAGUCAAGGAGACUGUGGUGAAGUUGAAGAAGUCCGUGAGCAAUAUCAGGCAUUGGAAAAGAGACUAAGAGCUAUGGAAGGAAGAAAUUUCUUUAGUGUGAAUGCUGAUAAUAUGGGCCUUGUUUCAAAUCUUGUCAUGCCUUCCAAGUUCAAAGUUCCUGAGUUUGAGAAGUAUAAGGGGCAUACUUGUCCAAGGAGUCAUUUGACUAUGUAUUACAGAAAGAUGACUGCCUAUACCAACAAUCAAAAUUUGCUCAUUCAUUGCUUUCAAGACAGUUUAAGUGGUGCUUCUUUGAAGUGGUACAUGAGUUUGGAAAAGGGUUGUGUUCAAGACUUCCAAGAUUUAGCUGAUGCAUUCAUGGAACAAUACAAGUAUAAUUUGGAUAUGGCACCUGACCGUCGUCAACUUCAGAACAUGGCUCAGAAGGAAAAGGAAUCUUUCAAAUAA